GCCAAACUAACUUUAUUCGUGUGACGACCGCGCGCUUCUCUCGGGAAAGCGCACAGGAGAUUUCCGCUGGCUUCAUCGCUUCUGUUUGACAAAAUGACUCGCAAAUAGAUUGAACCAAAUAGAAGAAGGUGGUUCAGCACAUUAUCUGCGCUCAGAGGACACAGUGUGCUUUGUAUCAUAGUUUUAUGAGGACGAGACAGCAAUGACAGUGCCUGAAUCAAAGUCAUGGAGCGUGUAACUGUCUUUCCAAAGCAGACGUUCAGUCAGCUGAAGGUUGUUCGGCAGAGAUGGGCUCAGUGACCUCAGUUUUCACCAAGUCGCGCAACACGUUGGUCAAAGUGGGUUCGGAGCCGCAGAAAGAGCCGGACGGGAAGCAUCGGACCGGGUCUCGUGUGAUUGCAAAGCAGACUAGCAAAGAACCACUGGUGCAGAAAACAACCGGCACAUCCAGAGCAAACACACCACAAGUUACUGCAUCUGCUACAGUGGCUAAUGAGGAUGGUGAGACCAACAGCAGGCCACUGGCGAGAUUUGCGCGCUCAAAGUCUCAGAGUGCACUAUGGAACACACUCACAGCUGGGACAGGGAAGAAGGAAAAGGUCAAAGUUCAGAGGGACAUUCCAGACGAUCCACGCAGAUUAGAAGAGAUCCUGGCGGAUGAGCUUCCCGCUACAGACGUCCCAGAAGCAACAGAAAAAACUGCUGUCAGGAGAAAGUACAAGAAAACAUCACAGAGAUUACGAUGUUUGAUAAAACAGUUGGAGAGGGGAGAGGCGUCUCUCGUAGACCUAAAGAAAAACCUGGAAUAUGCUGCCACUGUUUUGGAAUCAGUCUAUAUUGAGGAAACAAGGCGAUUGGUCGAUACCGAGGAUGAGCUCAGCGAUAUCCAAUCAGAUUCUGUGCCAUCAGAAGUUCGUGACUGGCUGGCCUCCACCUUCACACGGCAGAUGGGGCUAAUGCUGCGACGGACGGAAGAGAAGCCGCGAUUCCGCAGCAUCGUACACGCAGUGCAGGCUGGGAUAUUCGUGGAGAGAAUGUACCGCCGAACCUCUAACAUGGUGGGACUGAGUUACCCUACCUCUGUCAUAGCAGUGCUUAAGAAUGUGGACAAGUGGUCUUUUGAUGUAUUUGCUCUGAACGAGUCGAGCGGUGACCACGCACUCAAAUUCAUCUUCUAUGAGCUCCUCACCCGAUAUGACCUCAUCAGCCGCUUCAAGAUCCCUGUCUCAGCACUGGUCUCAUUUGUGGAGGCUCUGGAAGUGGGUUACAGCAAACAUAAAAACCCCUACCAUAACCUGAUACACGCAGCCGACGUCACACAGACGGUACACUACCUGCUUCUGAAAACGGGGAUGGUGCACUGGCUGACGGAGUUAGAGAUUUUUGCGAUGCUUUUCGCUGCUGCUGUCCAUGACUACGAGCACACCGGGACCACAAACAACUUCCACAUCCAGACCAGGUCAGACACAGCCAUCCUGUACAACGACCGCUCUGUGCUGGAGAGUCAUCACGUCAGCGCGGCGUAUCGACUGCUUCAGGACGACGACGAGAUGAACAUCCUCUACAACCUUUCCAAAGAUGACUGGAGAGAGCUCAGGGCGCUCGUGGUCGAGAUGGUUCUGGCCACUGACAUGUCCUGCCACUUCCAGCAGGUCAAAGCCAUGAAGAAUUUCCUCCAGCAGCCCGAGGGAAUUGACAAACCCAAGGCUCUGUCUCUGCUGUUGCACACGGCUGACAUCAGUCAUCCAGCCAAGAACUGGGAUCUACACCAUCGCUGGACUACGUCACUGCUGGAGGAGUUUUUCAGACAGGGUGAUAAGGAGGCAGAGCUUGGUCUACCUUUCUCACCUCUGUGUGACCGUAAGUCCACUAUGGUGGCCCAAUCCCAGAUCGGUUUCAUUGACUUUAUCGUUGUUCCCACGUUUACGGUUCUGACGGACAUGACCGAAAAGAUUGUCACGCCACUCAUUGAAGAGGCUACAAGUUCAGGCCUGGCUGGAUUUCGCAGUAUUACUGCCGGAGAUGUGAAGAGGGGCAGCGUGAACAGCUCUGGUUCUGAUGGCAGCGCAUCCCAUAACUGCUCGCUGCUCACUGUGGACCUGAACAACUUCAAGACCAUCUGGAACGAGGAGGUUUCUCUGAACAGAGAGCGGUGGAAGACGCAGGCAGAUAAAGAGACGGAGGAGAAGGCCAAACGAGAGCUGGAGGAACAGCAGGAGGCAACAGCAGAAAAUCAGGAGCAAAAAAAAGACCCAGAGCUGUCGGGACCAAAGAAAGACAGGGUGGGAGAAGACAACCCGGAGCCAGGGGGGGUAAACGGACCCCCAGAAGAAAGUCCCCAUGACAGAUCAAAAAAAGAAGGGGAACAUCGGAAAUUACAGAAUGGAGAAGUGUCUGAAGAGGCAGAAUCACCAGCAGAUGAAGAUACAAGAACACUCAGUGAAACUGCGAAUGCCUAGAGUGAUUUCCAGUGGCGUCUUGUGGUCCAAUGUCAGACACAGAGCGGUGAACUUGCCAUCAGUUCUGAAGGUCAACGGCGCCCUCUAGAGGACACGGCUAAUGCUUACAUCACAUUUUAUGUGGCCUCUAUCCCCUCCAAAGCCUUUGCUGUGAUUAUCUCCAGACUUUCAUAAGACUGAUCUCUCUGAAUGAUGAAGGACGAGGGACAACAGCUGCUUUUGUCCAGCAGAUCUCAUUUCCCUCCCAAACCUUUAGAUUGCAAUGGGUGCACCUGCCAAGAAAAGCAUGCUGAAACUAUAGUACAUAAGAAUUCUUAUUAAAACCUCCUUCAUUUGUAAUUACACACACAAAUGCUUUUUAUGUCUUUAUGCAUUUGAACAGCCUUGCAGUCGGAUGACUUGCCAUGUGUCUGUGAUUUAUAUCUAAGUAUAUAAUAUGCGGCCUGCGUUAAACUGUAAAUAACUAAUCUUAGCAGUUGCACCCGUGAUCAAUAUUCACCCAGAUCUGCUUUUGCGGCAAAAUGACAUUGUGUUCAGUUAUUUUAAACACGCUUUACUCAAAAUGGACUGAUUAAUUUCAGCAAACGUGCUCUGAUGCAACGUCUGCCUCCGACUCGCAUUUGUUUGCAAUGCCUCAUCAGCUAAUAGAGGUCACGUAUAUGAAACCUUGAAUGUCUAUAUGUAUUAUUAUUGUAAAUGACUGUCAGCAUUUAGAUCAGAGCUUUUAUAACUGAGAAAAGCCGUACGAAGUGGCAGUAUUUCUUAUUCGAGCACGUCUGUGUGCAGCUGUGGAGUAGAAAACGCCUGAUUCAACCUAAGAUUUUUCCCUCUCUCGCUUACCUUCAGAUGCCUUUCUUCAUGUAGUCUUUCUGAAAGCGAACCGAACUGAAACGUCUUCUACAGGAAACGCUCACGCACAAACUAGCAGUCACCAUAGAUGAUGUAAGUCUUAUAACUGAACGUAGUAGUGUGUAAGUCAUAACCAUAUCACUGUGCUCGCUCUGCAAUACCUAGAUAUUUGCCGUACGUCAUUUUUACUGAUGUCCUAGGGGGUUUUGUGACAAGCGUUUCUCUGUCCUUUGAGCAGGUAAUCUCAUAAAACCCGUGGAGAACAUGUCCUUCACAUUUCACCCCAAAAUCAAAGGAAAGCAAAUAGGAAAUUACAUUUUGCAUGACGAAAACAAACCCAAUUUUUAGGACCAUCAAUGUUAUUUUCAUGGCAAUAUAAGCACAUUUUCUGUAUUGUAUCCAGACAUUUUACUUUUGGGUUUUUGUAAUUCAUGUUAGUCUUAAAGGUGAUUCCAGUUAGAUUCUGUGGAAGAUUAGUGGAUCUGAUCCUCAUUAGAUGGUCAACAGUGACUGAGAUAUAAUAAUUACAUUAUAUAAAUCAGCAUAAAUUAAAGGGUUAGUUCACCCAAAAAUGAAAAUUCUGUCAUUAAUUACUCACCCUCAUGUUGUUCCACACCUGUAAGACCUUUGUUCAUCUUCAGAACACAAAUUAAGAUAUUUUUGAUAAAAUCCGAUGGCUCAGUGAGGCCUCCAUUGACAGCAAGAUAAUUAACACUUUCAGAUGCCCAGAAAGCUACUAAAGACAUAUUUAAAACAGUUCAUGUGACUACAGUGGUUCAACCUUAAUGUUAUGAAGCGACGAGAAUAUUUUCUGUGCGCCAAAAAAAACAAAAAAUGACUUUAUUCAACAAUAUCUAGUGAUGGACGAUUUCAAAGCUUUAUGAAGCUUUUGUUUCGAAUCAGUGGUUCAGAGGGCAUAUUAAACUGCCAAAGUCACGUGAACCAUUGAAAUUUUGAAGUACUUAUGAUGUAACGAAGCCUCGUUUACUGAAAUCACGUGACUUUGGCAGUUUGAUACACGCUCCAAACCACUGAUUCGAGACAAAAGAUUCGGAAAGCUUCGAAGCUUCAUGAAGCAGUGUUUUGAAAUCGCCCAUCACUAGAUAUUGUUGAAUAAAGUCGUUAUUUUGUUUUUGUUUUUUGGCGCACAAAAAGUAUUCAGUCAUUGGAUUUUAUCAAAAAUAUCUUAAUUUGUGUUCCGAAGAUGAACGAAGGUCUUACGGUUGUGGAACGAGUAAUAAAUGACAUUAUUUUCAUUUUUGGGUGAACUAACCUUUUAAAGGCACUCUAACAAAUACAUUACCAUGGGAAAGUUUGCGGUCCGUAAGAUUUUUUGACGCUUUGACGUCUCAUGUCAACGCUCACUUAUUUGAUCAAAAAUACAGUAAAAAAAAAAAAAAAAAUGUGGGAAGCAUGAUACAACUUUUUUUCAGGAUUCUUUGAUAAAUAGAAAGUUGAAAAGAACAGCAUUUAUUUGAAAUAAAAAAUCUUUUAUAACAUUAUAAACUGUAACAUCCUUGCUGAAUAAAAGUAUUAAUUUCUUUAAAAAAAUAUCUCACUGACCCCAAACUUUUAAACUGUAGUGUACUAUCAUUACUAUAUAUAUAUAUAUAUAUAUUUUUUUUUUUUUGUUUUUUUGUUUUUUUUACAUUCCAGUAAUAAUGAUAUUUAGUGUUUUUAUUUUAUUUUUGCUUAAUGGCAAUGUGAAUUAGGGGAAAGUGUACUUAACAUAAAUGAUAAAAUUAUAUAAAACAUAAAAUAUGCAUUUUUAUUAUGCAGAAUAUAACUUAUUAUAUAUUUUUUUUAAUUAAAUAUAAUUUAUUUCCCUUUGGAUUUCAGGGUUAAAUGUGACGUGGACAUGUUCUUGACAAGUUUUGUGAAGUCCAUUAUUAAGUUCAGCAUUCAUGAACUGCUCUGAUAAUUGAAACAUUUAACUCUGUUCUUUUCUUCUACUUGUUUCAUCUGUUGUUGUAAAUAUGGUUUCACUGACCUGUUUCUUUGAAUGAGUGAGUGAGACGGGAUAAACGCAUGCGUUCACAGCGACUCUGGCAUGUUCUGAGGGUGUGACGUGAGUGAAGUUGAACUUUGAAUUAUUAUUUUUUUUAUUUAUACAAAGUCUGUAAAAUUAUUCUUCCUUAUUGUAUCUAAUUUAUGUAUAUUAUUUAGCAGAGUUAUUAGUGUACAAUUUUUUUCUCUCUCUCUUCCUAAUAUUUUUACACAGCAAAAUGAAUAGCAUUGUUAUUUGCCCUGACAAAAUGAGAUCAGAUAAUGGAUAUGCAUUUCUCCUGAAAUGAAGCAGAUUGUCACUUUAUUACAUGGGUCACAUGAUUCAGUUUGCCUUCUUGUAGUUUACUGUAAAGCUUCCUGUAGAUUCAGACUAUUACUAGUGUUGGUUUCAGAUCAUCGGGCAGAUGAAUGUGACGGCAUGUGCUGAAAUUAUGCUACAGCAUGUGUGUGUGUGUGUGUGUGUGUGUGUGUGUGUGUAUGUGAGUGAGUGAGUACGAGACUGUAUGUUUGUGUGUGUGUGAGCUGAUCAUGUUCAAUUUGUAAAAGUUGACACUGUGAUCUUUAGUGUCUAGCUGUCUCCAUGAUGUCUGUUUUUGAGCAGGAUGCAGAGAAAGAGAAAAACAUCUGUGUCUGCACACGCGUGAUUCACAAUAAACAUCAACUUAAAGGGCUCAGAACAAA